AUGCUACUCCGAACUAAAUUGCGGCCGAGGGCAUUCCGGCUCGCAGCUUAUCGCCCAACCCGGUUCGUCUCCGAAAUCCCGUUCCUGCGCAUUCAGGAUGGAACUUUUUACAAGAAAUACCCAACCGCCGAAGACUCGUCUAAUCCACCUCUCUUCCCAAACCUGAACCUCACUCUACCCGGUAUUCACAUUGACGGCGCCGUCAAGGCAGCACCUCCGCAACACUGGGCUAUAAUUGGCCCAUCUGGCCGAACCGACCUCCUCCAUAUCCUCCGUGGCCAACACAUCUGUAUCCCGCCCAACGCACGUUCAUAUCCGUACCUCCUCACAGACGAGAUCGCCGACAAGGACCCGCAGUUACGCGUGGUGGAAAAUGCAGUCCAAUAUGUUGGAUUUAGUGGUGAGGGCUCGGGGGCUAUUGGGGGAACCCGUGGCGCAUAUCUUAGUGCUCGCUAUGAGAGUUAUCGGGAGGAAACCGACUGGACCGUGCUGCAAUACUUGCGUGGCCAGACCUCCUUGAAUCCGAUGGAGGGCGACGAGCAAGGCACGCUACAUGACGAAAAUUUGCUCCAGCAGACCAUUUCAGGUUUUGACCUCAGAAAUAUCCUCGACUUGCCAGUCUCCAGCCUGAGCAAUGGUCAAACCCGCCGAGCGCGAAUUGCAAAGGCGGUUUUAAGCAAACCAGAGCUAUUGCUUCUUGACGAGCCAUUCAUGGGAUUGGACCCGGUGGCUGUGAAAAAGAUCUCUGGAAUUCUUCAUGAGCUAGCGAAGAGACACGCCCCGCGGCUCAUUAUGGCUCUGCGCCCCCAGGACAAGGUGCCGGACUGGAUCACACACAUUAUGGUUGUGGGUCCUCUCCUGCAAGGGCCAAGGGCAGCUAUCGAUGACACGCUCAAUGUCUGGAGCUACGUUGCAAAUAAGUCUAAGCAGGACCGGGACUCUCUACCCGAACAGCAAACACAAAUAUUGAAGAAAUGUGAAGCAGACUUGAAGGCUGGUGUCUUGGAUAAAGAACUCCUUGGGGAUUUGGUGGCGCAUACGAACCCUAUAAAGUCCUUAGAAGUCUAUGCGUCAUUAGGCGGAGAGCCAGUUAUUGAUAUGGAAGGAGUUCGUGUCCAGUAUGGGGACAAGGUAAUACUCGGUGAUUGGCAACAGAAGGUGAAGGACGAAAUAAAGGACGGGCUGCACUGGCGAGUCCGUCGGGGGCAGCGCUGGGCGAUCCUUGGUCCCAAUGGAUCAGGCAAGACAACAUUGCUAUCGAUGAUCACGUCGGACCAUCCGCAGGCGUAUGGGCAGCCUGUCAAACUUUUUGGACGAUCCAGGCUUCCCGAGCCUGGAAAACCAGGAAUUUCAAUCUUUGAACUGCAGUCCCGCAUUGGACACUCGUCACCGGAAAUCCAUGCGUUCUUCCCGCGUCAACUGUCAAUCCGUCAAGCUCUCGAGACUGCCUUCGCCGAAACCUUCCUAUCAAAGCCGAAGCUGAACAUUGAACGAGAUCUAGACAUAUCUGCAAUCCUGCAAUACUUCAGGCCCCAGCUGGAUCCAAAUUACACCACGAGCAAGGUGGCAGAUAACAUAUCGACUGCCCGUCUCCCUCUCCCGUCCCUGACCAAGCAGACUCACGUCAAGCUAGAUAGAUACGCGUUACUGGAUCACAUUGUUGGAUACGCGGAUGAAAUUCUCUUCGGUGAACUCACCACCGCACAACAACGCAUUGUGCUUUUCAUGCGAGCCCUCGUCGCCAAGCCGGAUAUUGUUAUCCUCGACGAAGCUUUCUCGGGCUUAUCCGCAGCACAGCGUAACAUACAGGGCGAGAGAGCUAAAGUCCGUGCCUCCAAUGUAACCCGUAUGGAGGUGGAUUUACGGUUCACUGGUCUCACGGAGGAUCAAGCCUUGAUCAUGACUAGCCAUGUUGCUGAGGAGAUUCCUGACAGCGUCCGCUACUACAUGCGACUGCCGUCUCCCGCAGGCACUCCGAAUCCGCUUGAUUUCCGCUUUGGCAUUCUCCAAUCUAAAACUAGUCUGAGACACCCUCAGACCUGGGAGGCAGCCUGGUCUCCUCCAGAUGCAUUCCUCGAGCAUGCCCGCAGGACGUGGCGCCGCAAACAACAUACUUUGCCGGUACAGGAUAUUUCUGAAUUCGAAUGGUGGUCGAUUUAG